CAAUCAGAAGUCGACGGAGAAAGGAGGGAGGGAAUUUCAACAGCAGCCUCGAGCCGGCCAACCAAUCAGAAGUCAGAGAAGCCAGGGAAAAGGGGGCCGGGCGACGAAGGGGAGGGGGAGAGGAGAAGAGGAGAAAGAGCCAGCGGAGUAAGAGAAAGAGAGAGAGGAGAGAGAGGGAGGGGGCGAGUCCGAAAAAGAGAGGAAGAGGCGGUUUAGGGGGAGGAAAAAGCGUCCCUAAUUUUUUUUGUUUUGUUUGUUUGCUUUGCCAUGCAUGCAUAAUGAGGUCUGAUGCGAGCACGCUGCUGCUGCUGGUCGGAGGGCACUUUUGUAUUUAAAGCCCGGUCUGGAGGCAGAGCAGCGCCUCAGAGAGACGGGGACUCGGAAGGAGAGAGAAAGAAAGGAAGGAAGGAGGCGAAGGAGAACCUUGGAGGCAAGCAGUGGACUCGGAGACAGAGAGAAAGCAAGGCGACUGAACUGCCAAGGAAGAAAAGGCAGUCCCUCUCGGAGCUCGGCUGCUUUUCCUUCCUUUCCGAGGGAGAGAGAGAAAGGAGGCUUUGGAGAGGGAAGAAAGAAGGACUCCCUGGCUUGCCCUUAACCCUCCGAAGGCGGAAAGGAGCUUCCGAGGAGAGAGAGAGAGAGAGAAGGGAAGCUGCUUUCCUGGCGGGAUGCUCCUGCUGCUCCUGCUUUGGGAAGGAGGGAAGGGAAGGCAGCAAGCGUCGGCGGCAUGAGCUCACGAGGCAGCGCUUCAUCUCCGCCUGGCUUCCCCUGAGAGAGAAAGGAGACACGAGAGAGGGAGAGGAGACGAGCUGCUCGCUUGGCUUCCUCUGAGAAAGAAAGGAGAGGAGCUGCUGCUCCUUUGGGAAGAAGGGAAGGCAGCAAGUGGCGGCGGCGGGAUGAGCUCAGGAGGGCGUCCUUCUCCGCCUGCCUCCCUCUGAGAGAGAGAGAGAGAGAGAGUGGGGGGAGGCUUCGAUGAGGGAGACCCCCAUGCGGCUUCCUCCUCUUCCUUUCCCUUCUGCAGCAGAAUGGUGGCCCGAGGCAGGCGGCUGCUGCCCUUGUUCCCGCUCCUCCUCCCGCUGCUCCUGCUGGGCUUCGUGGCCUCCUCGCAAGGCCGGCGCCUGAUCUGCUGGCAGGCCAUGCUCCAGUGCCAGGAGGAGCCGGACUGCAGCUACGCCUUCAGCCAGUACGCCGAGGCCUGCGCGCCCGUCCUCAUGGCCGCCGGAGGAGGAGGAGGAGGCGGCGGCGGCGGCGGGAUGGGAGGAGAGGCGGCUUCCUCCAAUAACAACAACAACAACAAUCACAGGCGUCGCUGCCCGAGCCACUGCAUCUCGGCGCUGAUCCAGCUCAACCACACGCGGCGCGGGCCAGCGCUGGAGGACUGCGACUGCGACCAGGACGAGAACUGCCGGGCCACCAAGCGCGCCAUCGAGCCUUGCUUACCCCGCAUGGGCGGGCACGGCAACGGCGGGGGGAGCGACAGUGGCGGGAACGGGGGCGGCGGUGGCGGCGGGACGAUGGGCUGCACGGAGGCGCGGCGGCGCUGCGACUGGGACGGGCGCUGCAGCCUGGCGCUGGGCCGCUACAUGGCGCACUGCGGGAAGCUCUUCAACGGGCUGCGCUGCACGGAGGAGUGCCGCGCCGUCAUCCAGGACAUGCUGGCUGUGCCCAAGGCGCUGCUGCUCAACGACUGCGUCUGCGACGGGCUCGAGCGGCCCAUCUGCGAGUCCAUCAAGGAGAACAUGGCCCGGCUCUGCUUCAGCGUCGGCCACGGGAGCAGCGGCGCCUCCUCCGACGGCGGGGCCGGCACCCUCGACGAAGACUACUACGACGAGUACGAGGAGGACCUGGCCGCCCACUCGCCGCCGCGGAGCGAGGACGGGGAAGGCGCGCUGCCCCCGCCGCCCAGGAAGCACGAGGACCCCGACCACGGAGCGGGAAGGGCUUUAGGACCGCCUUGGACGCUGCUGCUCGCCCUGCCCGCCUGGGCUUGGCUCCUGCUCGCCUCCUAGCCGCUUCGGAAGGGACUCGGCGGGGGAGCCCUCUCUCCCAGGCAAGGGACAGCUUGGGCCCUCCAGGUGGUUUAGCGGCUGAGGGGGAAAAGGAAGGAAGGGCCUGUUAGGCAUGCUGGGAGUUGGAGUCCAAACCACCUGGAGGGCCCAAGUUGACCCAUGUCCUCUCCUCCUCUCCCCGCUUAAAAGCCUCCCUUUAGGACCCGGAUGCUGAUGGGAGAAGCCACACUUGACUGCCUUUCUUCUUUGGCCUGCGUUUGUUGUGGGAGCUUCUUGCUCUGCUUGACCUGUUGACUGUUGUAGAGGAGGCAUAGGCCAACUUCAUCCCUCUCUCCAGGUCAGGCAUGGGCAAAUUUCAGCCCUCCAGCUGUUUUGGACUUCAACCCCCAGAAUCCCUAACAGCCUAUUCUGGGAGUUGAAGUCCAAAACACCUGGAGGAUUGAAGUUACCCAUGCCUGCUCCAUGUGUUUUGGACUUCAACUUCCAGAAUAGGCUUCAACUCCCAGAAUAGGCUGUUAGGGAUUCUGGGAGUUGAGGCCCAAAACACCAGGAGGGCUGAAUUUUACCCAUGCCUGCUCCAUGUGUUUUGGACUUCAAAUCCUGGCAGCUGGUGUUGAAGUCCAAAACACCAGCUUCCCCCAGCCUCAGGCAUGAGCCAACUUCAGCCUUCUCUUAAAGUGUUUUGGAUUUCAACACUGGCUGCUAGGAAUGGUGGGAGUUGAAGUCCAAAACAUCUGAAGAGAAGGCUGAAGUUUGCACAUGCCUGAAGUAGAGGAAGCCCCAUAUAUGGCCCUCUGUUAGGGCCCUUCAACACAGCCCAAUAUCACAGAAUAUCAAAGCAAAAAAUCCCACAUUAUAUGAGUAUGGAUUAAAAUAACCCAGUUGAAAGCAGAUAUUGUGGGAUUUUCUGCCUUGAUAUUCUGGGAUAUAGAGCUGCGUGGAAGUGUCCUUAUUUACCUCAUUCCUUAUUGAGAUGCCUUCUUUAUAAAAUAGGUGCCAUUUCCCUCCCUGUGCCCAAUUCUUAAAGCAACUGUGCCUUACCUGAGUUUGCCUCAUCCCCUAUUGUCUUAACUUGGAGUGGGCUCUCCUCAGGGGUCCAUUUUAGGGAUUCCCUGGACUUGCCCCACUAUUUCAGAAGAGCUGAGCUGUGUCAGCCCCUUUCUUGCUGUGUGGACAAGCCUUUCCCUGCACAAAUGUCUUAUUCCCCUUUCACUAUGCCUUAUUUAGGGCACUGACUGUCUUAAAAUGAAUGGGAAUGGUGCUCUUGUGUUUAAAGUCACCACAUUGCAGAAGGAAAUGCCUGGAAUUGGUUUACUGAGUGCUUCAAUUCUCAACAGGUCUAUUUGGGAAUAAGACCCACACUUGACCUACUACUGCCUCAUUACACGAGAGCACGAAUCCACUUUAAAUCCGGUUUCUGCCUCCUGAAGAAUUCUGGGGUUUGUUGUGAAGCUGAGCAGUUUAAAAGCUCCUCCCUAAACUACAAAUCCCAGGAAGCAGAAACUAGAUUUAAAGUGGAUCCGUGCACUAGUGUAAUGAGGUCUCAAAUAAGCAUGUUUGAGAUUGGGGCUUUAGGUUUGCCUUAUUUGUACUAUUUUUGUAAGAAGCUGAAAAUGUUCGCCCAUGUGGUGCUUAUUAUGUGUGUGCAACUAGUGGCAGGUACCUAAAGUGUACAAACAGCAACAAGAGUUGUGCGGUAUGAUAUAUGCAGGCAUUCUCUUUGGACCUACAUGAAGCUAAUGUAUGAAAUGUCUCCCUUGGCAUGCACUAUGCAAAAUUGUUGCCACUCUACUCAUUAGCAGUAAGCAGAUGAGUUUAAAAGAAGACUAUAAGGUUUGGGUUUGUUUUGGGAUUAUUAUUUUUUUGCCACAUGGCCAAGCCACCUUGAACUUCAUCAAGGAAAACAUAGCAAAUGUGGUAAUGGUGGGUCUGAUGUUUUUGUUUCCCUUCACAUUAUUGGCAUGUUGAAGAUAAAAGAAAGAUAAAAGUGCCUCAGAAACAAACUGCUGCCUUACAAAGCUGGUCAGCAACUAGAAACUAAGGCCUUUCUACUCCUCACCAGUUUAGGUUAAGGCUCAUAGCAUUCAAGGUGAUGCAUGAAAGAAAAUUCUCAUUUGGAUUUCACUAAGAGAAUUCUAAGGGAGAGGUUUUAGUGUGUUUUCUUAACUUUUCUCAGACCUGAAUACUUCUGUGUGGUAGAAUGAAACAUUAAAAUUACAUGUAAUUUUUCACCGGUUGUGUUUGCACAUGCUUUUAUUUUACUGGCAUGGUGCAAAGGGCUGAGGAAGCUUUAGUUAAGCUGUAGCUUUCUAAGUAAAGGUAAAGAUUUCCCCUGAUAUUAAGCCUAGUUGUGUCCAACUCUGGGGUGUGAUGCUCAUCUCCAUUUCUGAGCUGAAGAGCAGGUUGUUUAUAGACACCUCCUAGGUCAUGUGGCCGGCAUGACUGCAUAGAGCGCUGUUACCUUCCCACCGAAGCAGUACCUAUUAAUCUACUCACAUGUGCAUGUUUUCAAAUUGCCAGGUUGGCAGAAGUUGGGGCUAACAGCAGGAGCUCCCCCUGCUCCCCCAAUUUGAGCCGCCAACCUUUCAGUCAGCAAGUUUAGCAGUUUAACCUGCUGCACCACCAGGGUAGCUUUCUAGCUUGUAUAUAAAGUAGCAAAAUGUAUAUAUGUCCUACAAGUGCCUCUGCUGAUCUACAUCUAGUGAAAAGUCUAUGGCCCUCCAGAUGUUGACCUCCAGCCCUCAUCAGCCCCAAUCAGCAUGGCCAGCCAUUGGAGUGGUGGAAGCUAUAGUCCUUAAUAUAUGAGAGAUCUGUAGGUUCCAUAGGGCCUAAUUCACACCAUUUUCAUGUCUUCUCCCCUCCUUCCUCCAAGAAGGAUGGCUCACCCCACUGCUGUUUAAUGUCCAAAGUGGCCCUUGCAAUAGCCAGAAUUGCAAUGCUAAAAAGCUCACCAGCAAAUCUCUUUUGCCUCAACUUGGGAGGAAAAAAUUGCUGAUCUGUUGACUGUUAAAGUCAAGCAAUGCAUACAGGGAGAGCAAAGGAUCAUCCAAUGUAGGCAAUAAACACAAAGUAACAAAAAAGGCAGAAAGAGAGGAAAAUGGAGACGUUAAGUGAGGAAGAACUCUGGUUAUUGUAACUGUAUCCCACUUUUCCUCUCCAAAAAAGAGACUUCUAUCUCUGCCUCAUGGGGCCCUCAUUUCUGGUUGGCUGACACUGUCGUCCCAAUGAUUUUCCUGGCAAAGCGGAGGGAGCUGAGGGACUCCCCAAAGUCCUCUUCCGAGGGGGAGAUGUUCACACACACAACACACACAAGCAUCUGUUUUGAACAAUGCAACCUUUGUCUUAAAAGAGCUGUGCACUGCCAUCUUCAAAAUACACUUUUGAAACUCAGUAUGUAAAAAAAAUACCAUGAAAAACUAUAUUGCCUCUUAUUCUUAUCAGGGGACUGACCUCUGGUACAUCGUAUAUAAAAUGUAUUUAAAACUGGGAUUUGUUACCAGUUGUUCUUCCUUGUACAUAGGAUUUUAUAAAAUUGUAUACUUUGGGAAUAAUUUAUUUUUUAAGAAACUACAGAUUGAAAUGCACCCAAAUUGCAAGAGGAAAUAAAUACACCUGCUAUUCUUUUGUUACAAAGGUACAGACCUCAUUUGGAUAUUGUAAAGGGAUAAAAGCAACAGAAAUUCCCAUGGGGAAAAAGACUAUGCUAGAUCAUAUGUACAGUGUAUUUUACAGAUCCGAAGUUAACUUCCACGUUGUUGAGAGACUUUAUGAACUUUGUAGAACUGUAUGAAAUGUCUCUCUGAGCUGCCUUAAACAUUGUAUUUUUAUAGAAAGUGUGAAAAGAUCCUAUGGUUUUAUGUAUCUAUUGCUUGUGUAUUUUUAUGUGUAAAUUAGUAAAGAGAGAUUUUAAAAGAA